AUGCUCACCGAGUCCUUCAUAGCCUCUGUGGGCGUGUCCGCCAAGGCCGCUGGCACCAACGUGGCCAAAGAUGCGACCAUUCUCCUGCACGAGUACCAGCCACUAUCACAGCAGCGAGCAAUUUACAAAAAGUCUGCAACGCCGCGGAAUUGUCUUGCAGUGAGCGAGACUCAUAUCUUCGCAGCGCAGGCCGACAAAGCUGCUGUGCAUGUGUACAACCGAGCAAAGGGAAACCAGGAAGCUACUGUGCCCUUCACGGAGCGCAUCUCCUCCAUCGCAUUGGCUUGCGAUGAUUCUGUACUGAUCAUUGGAACUGUCGAGGGCAGGGUCUUUCUGUGGGAGAUAUGUACAGGACGACAGGUGACCACUGGACAGUUGCAUCUUCAAGCUGUGACCGCAUUAGCAGUUGACCCAACAUCGAAUUUUCUGCUUUCGGCGUCCAAGGAUUCGACAGUGCUCGUGUGGUCGAUACCAGCAUUGCUCUCGUUCUCGAGCAUCAACAUAGUCUCUCAGCUCCGCACAUUUGAUUCUCACCAUUCGGAAGUGGUUACGUUGGCUGUAGGCCACAGCUCAUCGCGCUGCAAUAUUGCAGUGACUGCUUCCAAGGACAAGACGUGCUUGGUAUGGGAUUACCACACUGGCAACCUCUUGCGAACCUAUCUGCUGCCGGAUGUGCCACUCAGCAUCGCACUGGAUCCAGCCGAUCGUGCUGUCUAUAUCGGGUACGAGGACGGUAGCCUCCAACAGCUAGACCUCUACACUGCUCCAAGCGGUGCAUUGGACGCUGUACAAAAUGCAGCAGAUGCCACUACGCCGCUCUUGACACCUAACUCGUCACGAUGGAAGCUACAAGAUACGACACACGGGCCUGCUUUGAGUCUCAGUGUUUCUUUUGAUGGCAGCGUUGUGACUUCUGGCCACCAGUCAGGCACUGUGGUGGCGUGGGAUACUGCCCGAGGUAACUUCAUCUCGUCUGUAGUACAGCCACCGCUGCCUGGUCCGGUGAAUAACCUCUCUUUCUUACCAGUGGAUGGAUUUGGCAGGAGAGAUGGCUCAAGCACAACCAAGGCUGUCGAAAUCGUGAAGCCAAAAUUCGGUGCAUUUGACAGUGGUGGUAGUGGCACAGUACCCGGCAACUACACGAUCAAGACGCAAUUCGCUUCGUCGCUUACAUUUUCGGACAACGUGGAGCCUUCGAGUAGCUUCAUCGCUGCUUUGACGGCGCCGAUGUUUCCUACUGCUCUGCUGGAUGAAGGUCUUGCCGAGCUUGCAUCCUGGAACAGUGCGCCAGCCCGCGGGUCAGACCACAAAGAGCAUGAAGGUGACGAUUCUAUGGCCCUCGACAAUGCAGCCGACAAACCCAACGCGCCCAGUGUCGAGGACGAAAAUACUGAUCUGAAACGCCAGGUCGCAGCAUUAAGAAGAGUGCAGCAGAAGACAUUUGAAAAGAUGGACAAGCUCAACCUUGAGAAGAAGGGGCUAUUGCAAAGGGAGCAAAAGAGACUAGCCAGCAAGGCCAUCAGGAACUCCAAUGGCCAUGUCAAAGCUGACACUUCAAGUGACGAAGACAUGGGUUGA